AUGCUCUUUCAUCAGAUGGCUCCCACCGCAGGUACACAUAUCUCACCACCUACCAAACAGCGACAACGAACCGGAAGAGCGUGUGAAGAGUGCCGACGACGCAAGCUACGAUGUGACGCACAGCAACCGCGGUGCGGGGUCUGUGUGGAAUCAGGUGCAACUUGCGAAGUCAAUAGUCAACGGCAGCCGAGGGGCCCGAAGAAGGGCUACUUGAAGGCGUUGAGAAAUCGAGUUGCAAUGCUCGAAAAUCGUUUACCAACCCAGCAUCACGCUGGGCCCUUGCCUGAGCUCAACGCAUUGUCACUUCCCUUGAAUGACGACCAUCAUGAUGGCUGGAGCGUCUCCAGCGUGUCAAGCCGUUCCGACUCCAAUCCGCCUCCGUUGACCAUGGAAAGUACAACGGCCUCCGAGCCAGAUGUAUCCAUAUUGAACUCGAUGUCGGGGGUCAAUUCGGCUCCUUCGGUGAGCGCGUACGGGAAAGAUAUAUGUGGGAUCAACCCGAUAUCAGAGUUCAUGCAGGCAGAAUUAAACCAACUAUAUUUUGACCGUGUGCACCCAUCCGUUCAAAUACUUCACCAGCUUCGCUAUUUAGGGUGGGCCAGAAACGCCGUAAAGAAGACAUCUCAACGAUGUCUGCAGUACGCGGUAUGGACACUGGCGUCCCUCCUCUCCGCUCAAUUCCAACAUCUUCAAGGAUCCUUCUACCAGGAAGCAAAGCGGACUUUAGAGUUCUCCUAUCUAUCGGCAGACUCCGAUAAUUCGGUUGACACAGAAGAGAUCCAAGCAUGGAUAUUAAUAGCAACGUAUGAGUCAAUGAGAACUUUCCAUCGCUUUGCGUGGAUGAGUGCCGGACGCGCCUUUCGUCUGGUUCAGUUAAUGCGACUGCAUGAAAUCGACAGUCCUACGAAACCCCCUGUAGCCCAUGCAGAUCUGAUCGAGACAGAGGAAAAGCGUCGCGUGUUUUGGAUGGCAUACUUCUUGGAUCACUUGUUCAGCAUGCGCAAUAAUUGGCCGAUCACCUUGAACGAGCAUGUGAUCUGCACCCGUCUUCCAGGUCCGGACAUGGAAUUCCAAAACGGUCAGCCGGUGCUAGGUGCCUUCCUUUCGGAAGCCAUCAUGGACGUUAUGCCGCAGACAACAUCGCCAUUCAACGAAUGCGUCAUUUUGGCUACCAUAUGCGGGCGCAGCCUGUUUCAGGCUCAGCAAUACAGUGUCCGCUUUGUGUAUGGCGACAUGGCUCCCAACUGGACCGAUCAGCACCGAUGGCUGGACAACGUCCUUACCAACCGGCUUCAGAUCCUUUCUCAACACUACCCCUCGCCAACCCAAAUCUGCGACCCGAUGCUCUCGUUCGCACACAUUAUGGGACAGGCAAGUGUGAUUCAUCUAUACAAAGGCAUGGAAUCGAUUGUAUGGGCAGUCGACGAGGGAGCAUUGGUAUUAGAAUAUCGACGACGUGCCCUGAGUGCAGCGCAGGAGAUCGUCAAGCAAGCAAAAGGACUGAUAGAGUUCUAUAUCUUCAAGCAGGUCCAUCCUCUCAUGCCCAUCCCAUUGUUACUCUGCGUCGAAUUCCUUUACAGUAAUCGAGGGUCAGACCCGGCAUUUGACUCGCUGCUUCAAGAGCUCCUGCAGAUUUUCCGUCGACUAAAGAACGCUAACGAUCCAACUCAAAGUUAUAUAGAUCUUUUAGAACUUUCAUGUACUAAAGCGUCGAUUGGCUUGGUAAAUGAAGGCUCCACUUCAUCGUGA